AUGAUUGAAUCCGGGAGGAGCUGUAGGGCUGUAGCGACCGAGAUGGGUGUUGGCAAGACACAAAUACAGUCGGUGAUGAAAAGAAAACGAGAAAUUAUUGAAGAGUAUGAAGGGGACGGUAAUCUACAAACCAAGCGUCCGCGGAAAGCCACAGAAUAUGACGAUCUAAAUGACCUUGUUCACAAGUGGUUCUUAGAUGCUACUGGGCGUCACGUGAACAUAUCAGGACCACUCCUGAAAGAACGGGCGCUCAAGUUCGCAGCAGAAUUGGGGUUAGCGUCGUUCAAGGCAUCAAAUGGGUGGCUCGACUCAUUCCUAAGACGCCAUAAUAUUGUAUUCAAAACACGGACGGGUGAGAGAGCGGAGGUGGAUCCAGUCGUAGUGGAUGACUGGAAAAAGCGUCUACCGACCUUCUGUGAAGGUUAUCAACCGUGUGACAUCUAUAACAUGGAUGAAACAGGAUUAUUGUACAAACAAAGCACAAGUGCGACGUUCUUCAAGAAAGGCGAGACAUGUGCCGGCGGGAAGAUGGCGAAAGAGCGCAUCACUGUGGGUUUAUGUGCCUCGGUAACGGGAGAUAAGCUGCCCCCAAUGACCCUUCAAUUAUUUUCGGAAAGAUUCUUUUCGCUUAGCGUGCUGAAGUCUAUCGCCAGAGCAGCGUUAAGUGAGUAUGGACGUGAAACAGACGUUUAA